UACGUUUUAAUGUCACAACCUUAAGACUUGUAUACAUUCUCGUUUUGAUUUCAUCCGCAACAAGAUGUCUGCUGUAAAAGUUUUAGUAUUUUUGCUAUGCAUAAUCGUUCUCAGUGAACGGUGCGAAUCUUUAAACGACAAAAACAAUUUCUUAGAAAAUCCAAAUGCACCAGCUGGUGCCAUGAAAAUAAAGGACAGUGAUUUUUGGGAUCCUUUGAACCUGCCAAAAAGUUUCGAUGCCCGAGCGAAAUGGUACAUGUGUCCAUCCAUUGGAAAGGUAUACGACCAAGGUAACUGCAAGUCGAGCUACGCUAUUUCCGUAGCGUCAGCCAUAAGUGAUCGGAUAUGCAUCCAUUCAAAUGGAACGGUAAAACCAAAACUGUCUGCACAACAGAUAUUGUCCUGCUGCUACCUCUGUGGAAGUGGCUGUUCGGGUGGCCAACAUUUCGAAUCUUGGGACUUCUACAGAAGACACGGAUUGGUUUCCGGAGGCGAAUACGGUUCAGACGAGGGAUGUCAACCUUACACAAUUGAACCAUGCCAGCAUACGGAAACUGCAAUAGAAAACGCAUGCUCGAAUAAAACACUAUUCACCCCCGAAUGCAAGUUUCAAUGUUAUAAUCCCGACUAUGAAACAAAAUACGCAAAAGACAAUCAUAAAGGAACAAAUUAUCGUGUCCCAGGAUAUACGGCGAUGAAAGAAAUUUACGAAAACGGUCCAAUAACGGCGUCGUUUUUCAUGUACCAAGACUUUGUCAACUAUCAAUCGGGUGUAUACUCGUACAACUCCGGAAAAUACGUUACCACUCAAGCGGUUAAAAUCUUAGGUUGGGGAGAAGAGAACGGCACACCGUACUGGUUGGCAGCCAACUCGUUCAACACGUACUGGGGUGACAACGGAUUUGUCAAAAUUCUACGAGGCGCCAACGAAUGUUAUAUAGAAGAAUUUAUGUACGCUGGCUUACCGUUAAACCCAACGAUGUUGUCACUUUUCCAGUGUCAGGACCUGUAUGACGCCCUUGAUGUCACUUWGAGAACAUGUUUGGACAGAGAUGSCAUCAGGAGAAUACCUAGUAUUAUAUCGUGCACCACAAUGAAAAUUGGCUUGCUGCUAAUAUCCAGCUUUUGGAUGACAUGUGAGGCUAAUAUUUACAAAUUACAUGACAUCAUCGCACACAUCAACAGCGCWAAUGUGACAUGGCAGGCCGGAAUAAACAAUUUUCAUACGAACGAUUACAAAAAGUUGGUGGGAACUUUUUCCCAUCCCGAGUGGAUCGRUCUAGGGCACGAUAUCUCUGAUGACGGUUCAGUCAAGGGUGGURAUUGUGACAACGACCGCGAAAACGAUGGUGAUGACACAAACGGAACACCUGAGAGUUUCGAUGCCCGAUACCAUUGGUUCGAUUGCAUUUCCAUCUCACACAUCUGGAAUCAAGGCAACUGCGCUGCAGAUUGGGCGAUUUCUGUGACUUCGGCGAUGAACGAUCGCAUAUGUAUCGCAUCUCAGGGUAACAUCACUGCACUUUAUUCACCGCAAAAACUAGUUUCCUGUUGUAAAGACUGUGGUAACGGAUGCAGUGGAGGAUAUACUGCAGCCGCAUGGAGAUAUAUACUAAAAAAAGGAAUCGUUACUGGUGGCGAUUAUGGGAGUAACGAGGGCUGUCAACCAUGGCUCCUGCAGCCGUGCAACAUAUCCACAACGGCCGCCGAUCCAAGUUCAGUGCUCGGUCCACACGGCGUGUGCGGUAACAACCCGAAGACCACUCCAAAAUGUGAUCUGAGCUGCUACAACAAACAACAUAAAGGCAAAUACUUGGACGAAAUCAUCAAAGCCAAGAAAGUUUUUACGUUCGACGGGUGUUCAGCGAGGAAAACCCUGAGGAAACACGGGCCAUACGUAGUCACAAUGCGAGUCUACGAAGAUUUUCUCGCUUACAAAUCUGGUGUUUAUCAUCAUGUCACCGGUGAUUAUUUGGGGCUGCUGUCGGUAAGGAUGAUCGGGUGGGGUUUAGAAGGAGAACAAGCUUACUGGUUGUUAGCUAAUUCAUGGGGAACUUCUUGGGGUGAUAAAGGAUUUUUCAAAAUAAAACGCUUCGUAAACGAAUGUUGGAUUGAGAACUUCAGAUACGCCGGCGUACCAAAAUUGUGAUGUAGGUACCUAGUUAAUUAAAUUAAAUACUAAAUAGAUAUUAUAUCUAACAGCUAAAAUAAUACUAAAACGCUGAAUAUGUCAGCUAUAUAGCCAUAUAGAUAAUGAUUAACUGACAAUAUUUAUUAUUCUUGUAGAUGAAUACGCAAUAGGUACGUAAAAAUGAAAUAAAGGUCAAUUUUUAUUUUUUUUUAACUAUUAUUAUUAUUAAGUAUUACAAUACAUCAUUAAGCCUAAUAAAUACAGAAUAUCAUACUUAGCAGACUAGUGGUAAAAUCCCACAGAUUAUUAAAUAUCUAUCUAAAUGAAAAUUCAAUGAAAAUCAUAAGCUAUAAGUUAUAAGAACCUUUUUUUUAACUGUAAGUACUCUGUAACUAUAAAUUUGUUUAUCUUUCAGUUGUCCAGAAUUGCAAUUCAGAGCUUAAGACURAAUUUUUAAAUAUUAAUAAUUUAUGUUUCUUUUUAAAUACAGGUAGGAAAUGUAUUUUUUAUCAUAAUUUUGAUAAAAAAUAUUUAUUAAAAAAAUAAAUAUAUAUAUAUUAUUUCAAUUUUAUUUCAACAAGUAAAUAACA